AUGACAACCCCGUUAAUUCUCCUUCCGGGCGACGACGUCCCCUCCGAUUACCUCCCUUCCAACUCCUCCGCUCCUCUACGACUUGGUCCCGGACUGCGUCUUCUCUCGGCACAAGUACCUACCUCAUCUGGGUUGUCAGGAAGCCAUGUCAUCACAGCUACCCAAGCUGGUCUUAUUUUGACAGAUACCAAGAAGAACGGCGUAUCAAUCGCUUCGUUCCCCAACCGCCGCUACAUCCCCACUACAAACGACCUGGUAAUUGCGCAAGUGCAUCACUCCAGCGCCGAUUUUUUUCACUGCAUGAUCACGCCUCAAGCGCCCCAUGUCCUUCUACCACAGCUUGCCUUUGAAGGUGCGACAAAAAAGACCCGGCCGAUGCUAAGGGGUGGGGAUUUGGUCUAUGCCCGUGUGUCGUCGGUUGGUGUUGGUGCCGGCGCGGAAGUCGAGUUGACAUGUGUGAACCCUGCGACUGGGAAAGCUGAACCGGGGGGCUUGGGUCCAUUGACAGGCGGAAUGGUGUUUGAUAUUUCUACGGGUAUGGCUGCGAGGUUGAUCCGGGCGAGUUCUUCCAAGGGCGACGAUGAGGACGGUGUUGAGGGAUUGGUUGUGCUUGAUGAGCUAGGGAAGAAGCUGGAGAGUGUCGGUGGGUUUGAGAUUGCUGUUGGGAGGAAUGGAAAGGUCUGGGUUGACGGUUCGAAUGGAGGAGAUUCCUCUGUCAAGGCGACAGUGGCUAUUGGAAGAUGCUUGACUACGAUUGACGAGCAUGAGCUCAACACGACAGAUCAGAGGAAGCUGGUUACGAGGAUAUUACGAGAAAUGCGUGUUGAGUGA